AUGUGGUGGACGCUUUGCACUCUGCUGCUGGCUUGGUUCCCCUUACAAGAGGCCACCCUGGCUCAGCCCGCGGAGACCCUCAGUGUGGAGGAAGGCCAACCCCUGGAGCUGCACUGCAUGGCCCCCCACAACACUUCCCUGCAGUGGCUCGCGCCCUCGGGCUUCACCAUCUUCCUCAACGAGCACUCUGCCCUACGGAGUCCCAAAUACCAGCUUCUCCAUCGCUCCCCCGGCCAGCUGUCUGUCCUCCUGCUGAACACGAGCCAGGAAGACGAAGGCGUGUACAGAUGCCUGCAGUACGGCAGCUCCGUGAGAACCAAGGAAGUGCGAGUCGUCGUGCUGGCAACACCUUCCCAGCCAGCCGUGGCAGCAUCUGUGGUCAGCCUGCAGGACGGACAAGAGCAUGUUGAGGUCACAUGCUCCACUUCGAGAAGCAAGCCUCCUCCGAAGAUCACCUGGCUCCUGGGGGCGGGCUUAGAGAUCUAUGGCGAAACCCACCAUGAAUUGGACAGUGAUGGGAAGAAAUGGAACAGCACUAGCACGCUCCGAGUCCACACUCACGGCCGGACCGAGGUGGUGACUUGCGUUGUCCGACACCCAGGUCUUCAGGAAAGGACCCUGCUGGCCCCUUUCCCGUUUGAAGAUUUGGAGCGUGGGCUGCCGAAGGCACGAAAGCUCCAAGCAGGAGCCCAGCCCACCCCACCUCUUCUCCUCAGCACAAUGUGGCCGAAACUGCUCUCCAUCAUUGCCGAAUUUUGCUUUUCCUCUUCCCUAGUGGCUGAAGAGGCAUCGGGUGGCCCGGAGACAAGCCCCCUCUCCGAGACAGACUCUCCGCAGCCCACCGAUCCUGUGGCAGUAAUGGAAGGUUCUAGUACGUCAGAGACUGACAAGGAGAAGAAAGAACAGACCACUCGGGAUCCAGACCUCAUCAAUGCCAUUCCUCAGUCUGCGGGGCUGGUGAGGAAGAAAAGCGGCAUCCUGCUGCUCACGCUCGUCUCCUUCCUCAUCCUCGUGCUCUUCAUCAUAGUCCAGCUCUUCAUCAUGAAGCUCCGGAAAGCGCAUGUGGUCUGGAAGAAAGAAAAUGAAAUUUCGGAAUACACUUUAGAAAGUUACAGAUCAAGGUCAAAUAAUGAAGAAACAUCAUCUCAAGAGAAAAAUGGCCAUACUUCCCGCUCCAAGAGCUGCAUGAGCUACUUCACACAUUUAUACUCAGAAGCAAGAACAAAGAGGAAAGAAAAGCAUCCACAGUCAAGCUUCCGGCGGGAGCACGUCCCUCUGCCAGAAAGCAUCGUGUAG